AUGUUUGGCAAUUGGAAGUUGGCGGCAACUUUUAGGCCUUUGGGGCGUCUGCGUUGGCUGAUGGAAGGAAGCCGGCCCGGCUACCUACGAGUUGCAUUGUCAGCUAAGCGAUCUGCAAUAGGUCUACACUUAGAAUAA